UAUAUAUAUAUAUUUACAGAUAAUAUGUGAUGAGUGUGUGGAAUAUUCUUUAUUCUUAUACUAUCUUCUUUGCCACGUGCAAUCUUUAAGAGGAAAUAAAUAUAUAUUUGAAUAUUUUGUAGUAUUAAUAAAAUAAUUAAAAGAAAAUAAUAAUGGAGCAAGGCUUUUCUACAAAAGCUAUUCAUGCUGGACAAGAUCCAUUACAAUGGAAUGACUGUUCAGUAAUACCUCCUAUUACAUUAUCCACUACUUUUCAACAAGAUGGACCUGGACAACCUAGAACUUUUAUUUAUGGAAGAAGUGGCAAUCCUACAAGAAAUGUUUUACAAACAUGUUUAGCUGCUUUAGAAGAUGGAAAACAUGGAUUUGUUUUUUCAUCAGGUUUAGGUGCUACAACUGUUUUAAUUUCAUUACUAAAUGCAGGAGAUCAUAUUAUAUCUGGAGAUGAUAUUUAUGGUGGAACUAAUCGUUUUUUCAAAAAUUGUUUAAAAAAUAUUUCAGUAACAUUUGUAGAUAUGAUAGACAUAAAUAAUAUUAUAACCAAUAUACAACCAAAUACAAAGAUGAUUUGGUUAGAGACACCAACUAAUCCUUUACUUAAAGUAAUUGAUAUUGAAGCAGUUACUCGAGCAGUGAAGCAAAUAAAUUCUGAAAUUCUUGUAAUAGUAGACAAUACUUUCCUAACAUGUUAUUAUCAAAAACCAUUAAAAUUAGGUGCAGAUAUUGUAAUAUAUUCUUUAACAAAGUAUAUGAAUGGACAUUCAGAUGUUAUUAUGGGUGCAGCAAUUACAAAUAGAGAAGAUAUUGCAAAUAGACUUCGAUUUUUACAAAAUGCUAUGGGUGUUGUUUCAUCACCUCUAGAUUGUUUUUUGGUUAAUCGCAGUUUAAAAACUCUAGAACUUAGAAUGCAGCAACAUAUGAAACAUGGGCUUGCAGUUGCAGUAUUUUUACAAUCACAUCCAUAUGUAGAAAAAGUAAUUCAUCCAUAUUUACCAUCACAUCCACAGCAUGAAAUUGCUAUAAGACAAACAUCUGGUCAUAGUGGAAUGGUUUCAUUUUAUCUAAAAGGUGACUCUAGUAAAUUUCUAAAGGCAUUAAAGAUAUUUACAUUAGCAGAAUCACUUGGUGGUUAUGAAUCUCUUGCUGAAUUGCCAUCUGUUAUGACUCAUGCUUCAAUUCCUGAAGAAACUAAAGAAAUGUUAGGUAUUAAUGAUAAAUUGAUUCGUUUGUCUGUUGGUCUUGAAACUGAAAGGGAUAUUUUGGCUGAUCUUGAUCAAGCUCUUAAAGCUAGUCAAUAAAUAUUUUAAUUUUAAUUUUAUAUGCAUAUUCAUAAUGUUGAAUUGAUAGUAUAUAUAAUAUAUUUGUUAAUAUGAUAUAUUAUAUUAGAUUGAUGUAUAAUUAUUGCGAUAAUUAUUGUAUAAUUAUUUUUUUCAACAAAUUUUAUUCAACAAAAUUAACAAUAACAACAUUUAACAAAAAUAUCUUUAAAUGAUUAUUCCGAAGCAUAUUCAUUUAUUCUAUUUCAAUUACUACUUCCCAUUUGCUUGAUAGUCGGUCAAUUUCACGGGCAAAGAAAUUGCUUAUUCUUAGAAGCAAUCCACUCUUUGACACCGGCCAUAAAUUAUUAAAUUAAACUUUGUUAGCGAGUCAAUUUUUCAGAUUGAUAGGUUGAUAUGAUAGUUCAUAGGCGCUUCUGUGGGUGGGAGAAAUGGCGGAUGAGGAAGCUAUUUUUGUCUGAAAUCCGCCACUAUUGAUGCUCAUCAUCGUCAUUCCACUAAUAACAAAUUUCGUUUGAGACGAUUUUCUAGUGGAUGAUUUUGCUUCUGUUUUAUCAAACCAUAUUGUUUGAUAAAUAUUUUUUACAGUGCACCUUUCGGUAUUUCUUUGGAUAAAAACGCAAUACUUGGCGAAACGCAAACCUUCUUUCUUUUGACGUUUUUAAAGAGAAACGUCUCCAAUGACGAGAUUCUUUAGGAACAGAGUUUGUUUGUUUCAAAUUGAUGUAAAUUCGAACAUAUUCGUGGCUUUGAUGUUCGUCGUAGGUGUUGAGGUUCGUAGGUGUAAGUGAGGUUCGUAGGCUUUGAUGAUCCAUCCAGCCAAUUUUCAUACUUUUUCCAACUUUUUGAUACGUUGAAUAGUUUAUAUUGAAGUCUUCAGCUAACAUUCUAGUUGUCAAAUUUUCGUUCUCUUCUAUAGUUAUCAAAAGAGCCUAAUUGUUGAAAUUUGAUGAUCGACUUUUUCAUUUGUAAGAUUUGUAUCGCCCGAUUUGAAUUUCUUGAAUCAUUUUUUAACUUGCUUUUUACUAAUUGUUCUUUCAUCAUAAAGUUCGUUGAAAUCACGAAAUUAUGUGCUACAUUUUAAUCUUUCUUGAAGUGAUAGAGUGUAAUAUGGCGAAUAUAAAUUUUAUGAUUUUCGAUACAUAUUUUCACUAACUGAAAAAUAAUUAUUUUUAUGAAAAAAAAUUAAACAAAACGCCAAUUUUUAAAGAAAAAAAAAUCCGUAAUAAAAAAAAGUCGUAAUAAUUAUGCACCGAUUUAAUAAUCUAUUAUAUAUUAAACAUAAUAUUUUAAUUUUAAAAUUAUAUAAAUUAUAUAAUUUUUUUUUUUUUUAAGAAAAAGAAUAUAUUACCAAUCAUAUUUUCACAUUCCAUGCUAUAUUAAUCUUUGAAUAUUAAAAAUAGUAUACAUACAUACAUAACUUAUAUUCCUAAUGCCACAUUUUACAUGUUUUUAUAUGAAUCAUUUUUUAUUCGAAAAAAGUAUAAAAUGCUGUACAAUGAUCACUAAAAGAAAUUUUAAAUAUUUAUCACAUUCUUAUAUUAUAAAUAAUAUAACUAUAAUAUAUAAUUGCAUAAAAAUAAUAAUUAUUGAAAAAAAAUAAAUAUUUGAAUCAAAUAUAAUUUAUUAAAUAGAAUAAAAUAAAAUAUUUUUAUUUAUUUUUUAUAUUUAUAAAUAAUAUAAAAAAUUAUUUUGAAAUAUAUUUAAUAAAUAUUGAAUUAAGAAAAUUUUAUACAUACAUAUAUUAUUCUGUUACUCUAUUAAAAAAAAUGAAGUGUUCUUUUCUUGCAUUAUUAUAUUUGAUUUUUAUAAUCAUAUAAAUUUGUAUUAUAUUUAAUUAUUUGUCAAUUAUUUGUCAAAUAUUCAAUGAUUAUUUAUAAAUUAAUUAAAACACAUUUAAAAUAUAUUUUUAUGCCAUUUUUUAUUUAAUAUUUCAAAUAUUUAAUUAUUGUAAUAAAUAAAAUAUUGUAUUAUAAAAUUGAUAUUAAAUUUAAUUUAAUUUAUUUUCUUUUUAAGUAAAGUUAUUUAAAUUUUGCAUUAUGCAGACUUUUUUUUAUUAAAUUUCGAAUUUUAAUGAUUUUGAUAAAUAAUAUUAUUGUAAAUUAACUUUAGAAUUAUAUCGUAAUUUUGCUUUGUUUAAUUUAUCAUAUUCUUGUGCCCGAUUAUAUAACAAUACUCCUAUUAUUACUAAAGAUGUUCCCAUAGCUGAUAAACUAGUUACUGGAUUAUUAAAUAGUAAAACAGAAAGCCAAAUUAAAGAAGCUCUCUUUGCAGUAUUAACAACACUGUAACAAAAAAAAAUAUUUUAUAAUCAAAUUUUCGAAAUAUCUUGUCAAUAAGUGUAUAUGUAUUGUCUAUGUAAAAUAUUACAAUAAUAUUAUAGUAUAAAAAACACACCUAUGUGUCACAGGACUAAUGUAAUUCAUAAGUACAUAUGCAGUAAUACUUUGAAAAUGAAAAAAUAUUCCAUUAAGUAGAAAUGCUAUGAAUAAUUUAGAACUUAAAGAAUGUUCAAUUGUUGGUAAAUCUACAAAUAAUAUCAAAACUGGUAUUUGAACCACAAUUGAUGCUAAACUAGUAUAGAAUUGCAGUUCUGCAGGCCUGUAAUUUUAUAAUAUUAAUGAAUAUAAAAAAUGUUGAAUAUAAUAUAGAUUGAUAAAUAAAUAAUUAUUUUAUACAAAAUAUUUUAUACACACAUAUAUAUACUUACGUAUAUCUAAAAUUAUCACCACUGAUUAACAUUUUGGAAUAAACAUUUUGUAAGCAUUCUGUUACAUUUGUAGCCAUAGCAGCAAUAAAUCCUCUAAGAUCAAAACUAAUUUCAUUUAUUGAACAUAGAGCUAAACCACCCAUUAAAGGAAUUAAAGAUAAAUUUACGUAUAACCCUGUAUGUUCUCCUAUAAAUAAUAUAUAAAAAUUAUUAAAUAUAACUAUUAAAUAUAUAUUCUACAUAUUAAUUAUAAUCUCAUAUAUCAACUUUAAUUAUGAAAAAUAAGAUUUUAAAAUUUUAAAAAUAAAAAUAUUUAUUAAAGUAAUAAUACAACAUAAAAUGUAGUUAUAAAUUAUAUUAUCAUUAUGAUAAUUCUUACCUAAUAAAUAUCUGCUAAUAAGGACGGUAAAAAGUGGUGCACUACUUUUUAUGGUUUCUGUGAAACUCACUGCUACAUAAUUAAGUGAUAUUAGUCCUAAUACUACAGUUGUAAAUCUUGUACAUCCAACUAGUAUCAUAUGCUUAUAAAAACCUGCUGGUCUCAUUAAUCUAGGACGUGCUUUAUACAUUCCACAUGGAAAAUACAUUUGUAUAAAUCCACAAACUGUGGUUAUUAACAUUUGACAAGCACCUUUUAAGAAAUAGAUAAAUAUAUAUAUUAUAUAUGUAAAAUAUGUAAUGUAAAAUAAAUAUUUUCAAAAUACUUUAAACUUACAAUUUUUAUUAUAAAAUACAAGAAUAUUAAUUAUAAUAUUUUAAGAAUACGAUUUUAAAUUAUUAAAAAAUAUUUCUUUGAUAACAAAAUAUUUUUUUGAUAAAAUAAAUUUUAUAUAAUUAUUAAUUUACCUAAAAUUGUAGGAUUGCCCUCCAUAUAAGAUAAGAUAUAUUUAUUUAAGAAUAAAGUACAUCCACUGAUGAGGUACCAUAAUAGUAAAAAUAACAUAAUUUUGGGAUAAAAAGAACUAUCCAUUACUUCAUUUGUUAGAGUUGUAUCUUCGUGUUUUUUAAUAUUUUCUUCAUAUAUUUUAGUUUCAUUAUCAUGUAUUAAUGGUUGUUCUGUAUCACGAGGUGUUAAUGUAUAAUUUAUACGAAUUGAAUGAUUUUCCAUUAUAUACAGUUUUUCUUAAAAUGUUUACAAUAUUACAUACAAUUACAUUUUUUGUCAAUGAUUACAUUUUUACACGUCACAUUUAUAUGAUGUUUACAUUUGUAUAUUUCUUUCAAGAAUUAUGAUAGGUUAUGUUGUCAAAUAUUUUUAAAUUUAUAAUUAAAAUUUUAGUUUUAAUAUAUGAUGUAAUAUAAAAAGCUUUUUAGACUUUGUAUUAUGUUGAAAUUAAUAUAAAAUUUUUUAUUUAAAUAUUAAUUAAAGUUAUUUCAUAUUUUAUGAACUACUAUAAAAUAAUAUAUAGUUUUAAUUGUACUUAAAUUCAUAUGUUUACUAUAUAUAAGAUUAUUUCUACAUAACCUACAACAUUAUGCAAAACAAAAUAAAUGAAUGAAACAGAA